GGAGCGGAGCCGGCCAUGAGCGGGGACGGCGGGGACUGGGACCCGCCGCCCGCGGCCGCUAAGCAGCGUCGUCUGGACCCGGCUCGCCAGUCGCAGAAGGAAACAGAGGCCGCACAGGCUCUGGCUGACAUGACGGCCUGGAGCAGCGGGAGCCUUGGCGGCGCCGGCCAACAGGGGGCGCGCGAAGCCGCCGCGCCUGAGGAUGCAGCCGGCCAGCAGGGGGCGCGCGAAGCUGCUGCCGCCGCCGCUCUUUUUCCGAGCUCUCCUGCCGGGGACUCGGGCGCGGAAGGGACCCCGGGAGCCGCCGGCGACGAGGCCAAGGGCAGCCCCGUGGCGGGCGACAUAGGCGACGGCCGCGAGAGCAGGAGGAAGAGGAAGGAGGCCCGCGAGAGGCGGAGGCCCGUCGAGGCGGAGGAUGAGUGCUCCAUCAUCUCGGUGGGGGAGGACGACGACGACAACGACGACGAGGAGGAAGAGGAGGAAGAGGAAGGCGAGCCCGGAGGGAGGCCGCCGCGCAAAACGGAGCAGUACCUGGAAGCGCUGGAGGCCGUGCAGUUGGAGCUGGAGGCGGUGAACCAGCAGGCCGGUCGCGCCUUCGCCCAACUCAAGGCCAAGUUCGGCCACAUGCGCCGCCCGCACCUGGAGCGGAGAAACCUCAUCGUCCGAAAUAUCCCCGGCUUCUGGGUCACGGCCUUUCUCAACCAUCCCCAACUUUCAGCCAUGAUCAAUGACCGGGAUGAAGACACCCUGAGCUAUAUGACCAAUCUGCAGGUUGAGGAUUUCACCCAUGCAAAAUCAGGCUGCAAGAUCAAGUUCUACUUCAACAGCAACCCCUACUUCCAGAAUGAGGUCAUUGUGAAGGAGUUCCAGUGUGGUUCGUCCGGAAGACUAGUGUCCCACUCUACACCUAUCCGUUGGUGGCGUAGCCAGGAUCCAGUAGCUCAUAGCCGGAAGAAUUUUGGCCGCAGUUUCUUCACUUGGUUCUGUGACCACAGCUUCCCAGCAGGGGACCGUAUUGCCGAGAUAAUUAAAGAGGACCUCUGGCCCAAUCCGCUGCAGUACUACUUGAUGGGGGAAGGUGGUGAAAAUGGUGAAGAAGACAGUGAGACAGAGAAUGGUGAUGACUUUGUGGUGAUUGUAGAUGAUGAUGGUGAAGAAGACGAUGCGACAGAUGUGCAUGAGAUCAUGGAUGAGGAGGAGGGUGGGCGAGGUGAAGCUGUGGAAGAGGUCCUGAGUGGCCAAGAAGAGGGUGUUACCGAUCCCAGGUCCUCUCUCCGUGAGGAACCAGAUGGGAAAGAUUCUGAGGCAGAAGACGAUGGCUAGAUCAUUAUGGAAAGACUGUCUGGUUUGACUUCUCAUGGUGACCUCAGUGGCACUUUGACCAAUUGCACUUGGACAUGGCAGGAUAUGGUGGUGGGAAGUUUCAGGAGCAGUCACAUUGGUUAUUUUGUACCUUUAUUUAUUACAGCGACUGCAUUUCCCUCCCUGCCCUGGGGGUGUGUAUGUUGCCACACAGCAGCACUCCCCCAUCCCCAUUGUCUGAUGCUUAGCAUCUCUUCCUAUCUGCCUGCAUGGGGGCUAUAUGCAUACUUGCCCUGUCCCCUGUUGGCUACUCAGGGUAUAGCCUGCCCAGUGGCCUUUUCAAAACAGCUCAGGGUUCCUUUCUUCCAUUCAGCAUUAUUAAGCUGCUGACUUUCACACCUUCCCUGCACUUCUCCCUGUGAGGAUUCUACUCAUCCUGUAAACACUUCAGCUUUAGAAUGCCCUCUAGAGGCCAGUUAGUGCCUCCUGCAGUUGAAACAUAGUCCUUACCCUGCUUCCUCCCCAUCCAAAGAGUAAGGCCCCACAUUUUUGGAAGUCUGGAAGUCUUCUGACACUAGUACUCUGCCAAUUCUCAAUGGGUUUAAAAUGGUCCCUGCUGAUUCAGAUGCAGGCCUUGCACCUGGAGGCUUUGCCGAAGCAAUUAACAGCUCCCUAGUUGCACAAUGUUCUGCUUGGGGUUGUUGUGUAUGAGGGAAAAGAAUGGCUGGCUGGGAGGAGGACUGAAGCACUCUGCUUCUGUGUCCAGGGAUUUCCUAAAUGUUCCGGGGUACUGUGGUGGUAUGGGAAUAUUUCUUGCAGCAGCAUGGCACUAUGAACAUGUAUGUGAUGUCACCCCACCCUUUAACUAUGUAUUUAUGCAUAGUUUCCUAGCAAUGUUUCUAAAGCAUCAUACCUGGUUGGGUCCCUUCCUUAUCCUUAUCCCCAUGGAGGCUGCUCUAUGCAAUGCUACUGAUAUUUGUAGAAAGGCAACUGUUUUCCUUGGCUGAGUUUUUUGUAUAUUUCGUAUCAGGACUUUGUACGUUUUUUUUUUUUACUACAAAAAAGCACUUAAUAUACAGAGAGCUUUCCAA